AUGGCUGGCCAGGGCACUGCGUUAAGAAGGGCCCGUCCCAGCCAAGUCCAAACCACACUUCAACCUAGCAUGCAAGCUAGUGUGUUACCUACCUCGGCUAUAAGUGCGUCAACCGCAGCGUCGGGUUCUCACAACGUCUCUCCUUUGAUGUCCCCAGAGAACUCUGCUUUGACCACAAGCAGCUCUGUCCAGCCUUCACCAGACUCGUUCCGUACGCGAGAUGUUGAGAUAUUUCCUCCUCCACCUCCUCUUCAUCUAGGUGACCCCCUUCUUAGCCGCAAGCCUAGCAUCAGCUCUAUUGGUGCUGCAGCACUCAAUGGUAGUAACGGCACGAUGCCCCCUGAGGCCAUGAAUACAGGUUCCUCCGGAAAAGGCUUGAUAAGACGGUUCUCGAACAAGUUCUCAAGAACGCGGCGACAGUCGUCGGCUGCUGCGAAUAGUCGAGAUGUAAGCCUUGGUCCUGGGAUUCUCAGACGUAGAAGCGAUAGCACCAACACCGCACCUGUUGAGACUGCAAUGACUGAUUCCGACGAGGAAUUACACGAUGAGGUUAGCGACUUCAAUCUAGGUACCACCAAUGCUACAACGCGGGAACCGUCAUGCAACAGUAACGCACCGUCCAUCACAGGAUCUUUCUCCAGCAGCGAUAUACUCCACGGCCCAGUAAUCCCCCGUGCACUCAUUAAGGGCACAAUCCUCACAAAAGUUUCUAAGAAGAAGAAAUACAAGCCUAUGCUGUUUACACUUGAGUCAAAUGCGGGCAAGAUAUCAUGGGACAAAGGGCGGUCUUCGAAAUGCAUAUAUAUCGACGAUAUCAAGGACAUCAGAAUAGGCUCUGAUACCCGCCAGGAUCGUAUUGAUCAUGGCGUCCCGGACACAGAAGAGGGACGCUUCUUUACCAUAUUCUAUGCACUGCCAGACAUGUCUCGGAGCAAGCAGAUGCAUCUCAUCGCUGAGGAUGAGGAAACGUUCUCGCAAUGGGUGACGGGUCUAGAUUCAAUCUCAAAACAUCGCGAACUUCACAUGGCAUCGCUUAUGGCGUUCGAUGAGAAUGCCGUGCGUAGUUUCUGGAAUGGCGAGAUGGCAAAACACUUCAGUAACAGACCACAUAACUCACAAGAAGAGAAGAUUGACUUUCUCGGUGUCGAACGAGUUUGUCGGAACUUGCACAUACAUAUGGCACAAAAGGAGCUUAAGGCGAAGUUCACCAUUGCAGACACAACGAAGUCAAACCAGCUAAAUUAUGCCGAAUUCCAGGUUUUCAUCAGCGAGAUGAAGCGAAGAAAGGACGUUCGAGCUAUAUAUCGUCAGAUCGCAUCAGACCUAGCCAAAGGUAUUACAUGGUCAGACUUUCAGACUUUCCUUCGUGACACUCAAGGCGAGGACGUGAAGAGCAAUCCUAGCUUGUGGGAAUCACGAUUCAUUCGUUAUUGCCAGCGACACAAGGCGAAGGAUACUUCAGCUUUGCGGCCCACCAUCGACUCCAUUACCAUGACGGAAGACGCUCUCGCCGCCUACCUCGUCUCUAAAGACAAUGACCACCUCGUGCGUGACUCCGUCGAACCUAUCCUCGACCGUCCGGUCAACGAAUACUUCAUUUCCAGCUCUCAUAAUACGUAUCUCAUCGGCCGGCAAGUAGCCGAUGUCUCUUCUGUGGAGGGCUACAUCAUGACGCUUCUCAGGGGUUGCCGCAGUGUCGAGAUUGACUGCUGGGACGGUUCAGAUGGACAACCUGCCGUCAAACAUGGACGUGCUCUUGUCAACGCCAUCUCAUUCCGUGAAGUCAUAAAUACGGUGAAUAAGUAUGCCUUCGUUGCCAGCCGAUUUCCUCUUUGGGUCUCACUAGAAGUUCAUUGCAACGCGACACAGCAAGAGAUCAUGGCCGAAACUAUAAAAGAAGUAUUUGGCUCCCGCCUCGUUACUGAACCUUUAGACCCUUCCGCGGACAAGCUACCGUCCCCUACAGAGCUCAAGGAUCGCAUUCUGAUCAAAGUCAAGGGGACACAUCAAAGCCACCAACAACGAACUGGGGCCGAAACAACUGGUCGACGACGAGGGAAUAGCCUUACAUCGCCGUUCUCUAAACCUACCAUGAUAGACAACGGAAAUAUACCUACCCAAUACCUCGCUUCUAGUCCACUCUUAGGUCCAACUCAACAACCUCGCCGAGCAAUUGGAAAGAGAGUAGACACUAUCACGGAGGGCGAGGUGCAUGGUGGUAUCAGUAGCAGUACAAGCGAUUGUGAGACCGAGGAAGAGAGCAGCAAGAGAAAAACGAGUAAGAUUGUCAAGGCUCUCGGCGACCUCGGUGUGUAUUGUAGCGGGGUGAAGUUUCAUGGGUUUGAAUCCGCUGAAUGCAAGAAAACCAACCACAUCCUAUCUUUCAUGGAAGGAACGUUCAGGAAACACUCGAAAGCACCAGGGUCCAAGAAAUUAUUAACUCGUCAUAACAUGCGUUACAUGAUGCGUGUAUAUCCCCAGUAUUCGCGGCUUACAUCUGAUAAUUUCAAUCCUCUGAUGUAUUGGCGCAAAGGGGUUCAAAUGGCCGCGCUCAACUGGCAAACAUUCGAUCUCGGUAUGCAAUUAAAUCAAGCCAUGUUCGCUGGCGGUGCAGACCAAACAGGCUACGUACUAAAGCCCGAGUCUAUGCGAACGAUUCGAAUAUUGCCCGACGGUCUGCCUCACGAGGCCUUUGGGAAAUUGGAGCGUCAAAAUCUCGCGUUCUCCAUUGACCUCAUCUCGGCACAGCGACUGAUGCGGCCUGCUAAUCUGGCUUCAAACCGCACAAUGGAUCCAUAUGUUGAGAUAGAAGUUUUCCACGCAAACGACAAGAGGGACAAGCACGACAGUACGAGCGGCAUACCUAUUCAAACUGACACACCAGUCAAGGUGCGCACCGGUAUUGUCAGGGGAAACGGCUUUGAUCCCGAGUUCAACUAUCCAGGUGAAUUCCAGGUGACAACAAAGUAUCCCGAAUUAGUAUUUGUCAAAUUCAGUGUCAAGCUUUCUCCAGAUGGAGAGGCUACCGGUGGUCGAAAUCCUACUGUGGCGACUUACACGGUCAAGCUCAGCAGCCUGAAGCAUGGCUACCGCACUCUACCUCUAUGGGACUCUAACGGGGAUCAAUUCCUCUUCUCAACAUUAUUUUGCCGUAUUACUGUGCAACCUGCUACAAGCGUUUACAUACCAAACCCCGAAACGGUGGAUUCAUCCGUUGGGAAACUGAAGCAUAUCGGUAAAAAUGUCUUUGGCCGGUCAACACCACCCAAGCCAUCGAGUUUUGAGAAAACUAGCUUGGAUAGUGGUUAUGGGGAGAGUAUACCGUGUUCAAUAUCAAAUUCUGUACAACAAAACACCCCUUCGGUCGAAUAUUGA